GCUUGCGGGGGCGGGGCCGUGGCGACGCUGGGCGUGCAGGCGCAGAUGGCGGUGGCGCAGGGCGCCUGAGCGGGCCGGGGCAAUGGGUGCCGCCCGGCCCCAAUUCAGCAUAGAUGAUGCCUUCGAGCUGUCCCUGGAGGAUGCGGGCCCUGGGGCGGAGCCCAGCGGGGUCGCGCGCUUUGGGCCACUGCACUUCGAGCGCCGGGCCCGGUUCGAGGUGGCUGACGAGGACAAGCAGUCCCGGCUGCGCUACCAGAACCUGGAGAAUGAUGAGGACGGAGCCCAGGCCUCUCCGGAGCCGGAUGGGGGAGUCAGCACCAGGGAUUCCGGCCGGACUUCCAUCCGCAGCUCCCAGUGGUCCUUCAGCACCAUCAGCAGCGGCACCCAGCGCUCCUACAACACCUGCUGCAGCUGGACCCAACACCCUUUGAUCCAGAAGAACCGCCGAGUGGUGCUGGCCUCCUUCCUGCUCCUGCUGCUGGGGCUGGUGCUGAUCCUGGUCGGCGUGGGACUGGAGGCGACCCCCUCUCCAGGUGUCUCCAGCGCCAUCUUCUUCGUGCCGGGUUUCUUGUUGUUGGUGCCUGGAGUUUAUCACGUGAUCUUCAUCUACUGCGCGGUCAGGGGCCACCGGGGCUUCCAGUUCUUCUACCUGCCAUACUUCGAGAAGUGACUGUGGCGCAGCGUGGGCUCCUCCCGUCCAGGGGGGCGCCCCUGGGACCCGCGCCCUGUUCCGUUCCCCUCAUCUCAAGGGAAGGGGCUCUCCAGGACCCUCGAAACCCUGGCCCCUGGGGAGUUUGCUCAGGAAGUUUGGGGCAUGCAGGCCUGGCCCUGGGAAAGCCGCCCCUGCCUGCUCUGUGCCUUAACUUAUUCUCAGGCCCUGCAGCCGCUAGGUUACUGUUAUUUCGUGCUAAUAAAGGAGUAACUAAUUCCACC